GAGACGGACGCUGCCCGCACGGGAUGGAGCUGCCGCCGCUGACCGCGCUCGCCUUUUGCCUCGUCAUAUCCACGGGGUCGCUAGCCCAGCACGUCAGUGUGGAGCAGAGUGUGUCUGGGCUUUUGGGCACCCAGUUGGCCCUGCGCUGCCAGCUUGUGGACCCGGGCAAGACUGUGACGGUGACCCAGGUGGCCUGGGUGAAGGACCCAUCAGGUGCCAAGACCAACCUGGCCGUCUACAACACCACCCGAGGCACCACCUACCCGUCCAAGACCGGCAAGCGCAUCGUCUUCCGCAAGCCCAGCCUGGUCGACGCCACGCUGGUCAUCAAGCGGCUGCAGUUGAAAGACGAUGGCAACUACAGCUGCCAGUUUGCCACCACCCCAGGGGGCAACCAAGCGGGCACAACCAAACUCACCGUUCUGGCCCGGCCGACUAACACCGGAACGGCACUCCUGGUGCGCGCCGGGGAUGCCCAGGUGGCCGUAGCCAGCUGCAAGUCGUCGGGGGGCAAGCCAAUGCCCCGCAUCGCCUGGCGCGGCGCGGUGAUGCACAACAUGGCGUUAGGGGUGGUGUCGAAUGUCGAAGGGCUUUUCUCCGUCACCGGGAUGUUCCACGCCGUUCCCACCGGCCUCAUGGAUGGAGAGGAGGUGGAGUGUAUCGUGACGCAUCAGACGUUCGAACAACCGCAGGUCAUCCCCGUCACCCUCCGCUUUCAGUACCCGCCCAUUGUGACCAUUGAGGGCUAUGACGGCGACUGGUUCCUCAAUCGUGAGCACGCCUCCAUCACCUGUAACGUGAAAGCCAAUCCCACCGCGCACACCUACAGCUGGAAAAUGAAUGGCCGGGAGAUUCCCACCUCCAUCAGGGUGGUCGGGCACCAGCUGACCGUGGACAGCGUGAGCUGCAACGUCCACGGGACAUUCACCUGCACGGCCAACAACUCCCUGGGGACAUCGAGUGGCAGCGUGGACAUUGUCGUCAGAGCUACCUCGGCCACAGCUGCCGGGAACGGGCUGGGAAGCUAUGAAAAUCUCCCGGGCAAUAAACAGGUUGGUACCAUGUUUUCUUUCAUGAGAUGA